AUGGCGGACGGCAUCUCCAACUCGACCAGCCAUGGUCCUACCAAGAACAAGAACGGCCCGGACGCUGAGCAGGUCCAGGACCGCAACCCGUGGCCCGUGGGCGGAAGCAGCAUGCUCGGGGAGACGAGCGACGAGAUGAACGACCGCCAGCUGAAGCAGAUCGCGGCUCAGGGCAGCGCUCACUUCCACCGCCUGGGAUGGAAGCGUUUGGCCAUCGUCACAAUUGUGGAGGCCGUCGCACUCGGCGCUCUUAGCCUGCCUUCGGCGUACCAUACCCUCGGCAUGUUCCCGGGUGUCUUCUUGACCAUCACCGUCGGGCUGGUCUCCAUCUUCACGAGCUAUCUCGUCGGUCAGGUCAAACUGGCAUACCCCCAUGUGGCCAACUAUGCCGAAGCCGGGCGGCUGCUUUUCGGACGCUACGGACGUAUUGGCUACGAAAUAUUUGGAGCUGCCCUCGUUCUCGAGCUGGUGAUGGUUGUUGGAUCUCAUGCUCUCACCGGAAGCAUUGCGCUAGUCGACAUCAAUGGCGGUCACGUCUGCUCCAUUGUCUUCUCCGCGGUCUCGGCCAUCAUCCUCCUGAUUCUCGCCAUCCCACCCUCCUUUACCGAGGUUGCCAUCCUCGGUUAUAUCGACUUCGUCUCUAUCCUCGCCGCUAUUGGCAUCACCGUCAUCGCCACGGGUAUCCAGGCCAACAAGUCCGAGGGAGGCCUUUCGGGGGUCGGGUGGUCUGCUUGGCCCAGGGAGGGCGUCACGUUCUCCGAGGCAUUUGUGGCUGUCAGCAACAUCAUCUUCGCGUUCUCUUUCGCCAUCGGCCAGUUCUCCUUCAUGGACGAGAUGCACACGCCUACCCAUUAUAUGAAGUCUAUUUGGGCCUCUGGGUUCAUUCAGAUCUGCAUCUAUACCAUCACCGGUGCUCUUUGCUAUGCCUUUGUAGGGCCGUCAGUGCAGUCUCCAGCUCUCUUGUCCGCCGGACCACUGAUCUCCAAGAUCGCCUUUGGAGUCGCAAUCCCAGUCAUCUUCAUUUCUGGAUCGAUCAACUCGACUGUGGCCCUCCGGUACAUCCACGGCCGCAUGUACAAGAACUCGCACCUGAGGUAUAUCAACACCCCUAUGGGCUGGGCCAGCUGGAUCGUCCUAGUGGUCAUCUUCACCCUGAUCGCUUGGAUCAUUGCCGAGGCGAUCCCGAUCUUUUCUGAUCUUCUCUCGCUGGCGUCGGCUCUAUUCGUUUCCGGGUUCUCGUUCUACAUACCCGCCGUUAUGUGGUUCGCUCUGCUCUGCAAGGGCAAGUGGUACUCGAAGAAGAACAUCCUCAUCAGCCUGGGAAGUAUUUUGGCGUUUAUCAUUGGUGCCGUGACCUUGGUCGCGGGUACUUAUUCGACUAUUGUCGACAUUAUCAACGAAACAACUUCUGGGAGCGCUCACAAGCCUUUUGCUUGCAGGAGCAAGUCACACCCGACCAACACUAAAACCCUCAUCACCCUCAUGGGCACCAGCAACACAGAGGCUGCCAUCAGCUCGCCGAACUGCAUCAACGGGAAGGCGGUGCCUCGAGAGUCUUAG